AUGAUGGAGAACCAGACUGUAAGCACAGAUUUUCUACUUCUGGAAGGGAUAAAACUGCUACCCCAGUCCAAAGUCGCCACCUUCACAGUUCUCCUCCUCAUAUACAUCUUUAUCCUGGUGUCCAACAUUGGCCUGGUGGUCCUGAUCUCAUUGGAGAGGAGCCUCCACCAGCCCAUGUAUCUGCUCUUCUGUAACAUGGGUAUAAAUGAUGUGUUCGGGUGCACGGCGCUCAUUCCACGCUUGCUGAGCGACCUCUUUAUUCCUUACGCAGAGCGCUACAUUCAUUACAUCAACUGUGUGAUUCAGGCCUUCUGUCUUCACCUUUAUGCCAGCAACUGUCACACCGUACUCAUUAUCAUGGCUUUUGAUCGCUACGUGGCAAUCUGUAACCCCCUCCGAUAUGCCACCAUCAUGACCAGCAAGAUGGUGGUGAAGCUGUCUGUGUCUGCCUGGGCGGUGUCGUUCAUAUUGGUGCUUAUCCUGCUGAGCCUCAGUGUCCGCCUGUCGCGCUGUAGGGCGGAAAUAUUCCACCCAUUCUGUGAUAACGCCUCCCUGUUUAAGCUGUCCUGUGAAAGUGUCCUCAUCAACAACAUCUAUGGUCUUGGCUACACCGUGCUCCUGCUGGGCACCUCAAUCGGCAGCGUCACGCUCACAUACAUGAAGAUUGCUGCUGUGUGUGUGAUCAGUAAGAGCAAGGUGCUGAACAGCAGAGCGCUGCAGACCUGCGUCACACACCUGGCUGUGUACAUCAUCAUGUUAAUGUCAGGCAGCAUAAUAAUUAUCCUACACCGUUUCCCUCAUUUAUCACAAGAAAGGAAGAUGUCAUCCAUCCUGUUUCACGUCAUUCCUCCUGCCAUGAACACUGUUAUCUACGGACUACAAAUCAAAGCAGUCAGAGAAAAAAUCCUUAUCAUGUUUUUACGGAAGACAAUGGCUGUGGCAGAUGUGAAAUGA